AUGCCUGGGUUGGCAAGAAAUGGGCUCGAGGUUGCGAGGAGAAGAGGGCUGAAGAGGACAGGCCUGGGUUCCGCUGCUUUGCGCGCGGAUGGAGCCCUGGGCUUUGCUCGUGGGGGAUUAAUUUGCAGGAGCGUAACAAGUGGCCUCAUGGAUAAGUGGCCAGCGCGGCGUCGUGAUUGGUUGGCUGGGUCCAGCUGCGCGGGCGCCCGCACUCUGAGCGAUCUGGGAUUUUUCUGGCUGCGACCGCGUCUCCAGGCGGCCCCACCACCGAACACACCACAACAAGGCUCAAUUGUCAGGACGCCAUCGGCCCCACGUCCCCGCUGUCACGGGCUGGUACCUGGCAUUCAGCUGACAGGCGCCUACAGUUGGCAUGUACCUGUGCUGGUCGAGAUUGCGCGCCUGCCCCUGAAAGCAAAGUGGCCCGCCCCAUUUUGA